AUGCCUCUGGCCGGAGUAUCCGAGAAAUUCUUGGGGCCAAUAUAUAUGACCCUUGCAAGAGUUUCUGAGAGACAUCAGGAGGCAUCAGAUAUGCCUCUUGAAAGAGUUUCUGAGAGACAUCAGGAGUCACCAGAUAUGCCUCUUGCAAGAGUUUCUGAGAGACAUCAGGAGGCGAUAGAUAUGCCUCUUGCAAGAGUUUCUGAGAGACAUCAGGAGGCACCAGAUAUGCCUCUUGCAAGAGUUUCUGAGAGACAUCAGGAGGCGAUAGAUAUGCCUCUUGCAAGAGUUUCUGAGAGACAUCAGGAGGCACCAGAUAUGCCUCUUGCAAGAGUUUCUGAGAGACAUCAGGAGGCGAUAGAUAUGCCUCUUGCAAGAGUUUCUGAGAGACAUCUGGAGGCGAUAGAUAUGCCUCUUGCAAGAGUUUCUGAGAGACAUCAGGAGGUGAUAGAUAUGCCUCUUGCAAGAGUUUCUGAGAGACAUCAGGAGGCGAUAGAUAUGCCUCUUGCAAGAGUUUCUGAGAGACAUCAGGAGGCGAUAGAUAUGCCUCUUGCAAGAGUUUCUGAGAGACAUCAGGAGGCGAUAGAUAUGCCUCUUGCAAGAGUUUCUGAGAAACAUCUGGAGAAGAUGGAUUUCGAUGUAGCCGUAGCUUGUGAGGAAUGCAGGUUUUCUUUGUGA